GAAAUUAGGAGAAAAGGCCGAGUAAAAAACUUGUCCAAAACUUCCGUGCCCAUGGGUUCCCCUCAACAUAUUCGGAAUUUUGGCGUCCCCGGCAACCUACGGCCAGAGCGGCGAUGCGUCAAUUCCAGACACUCAUCUGGCGCUGCCUCCGCGGCCCCUCCCUCGGAAGCGCUACCUGCUCCUCUCCUCGCCUUCUCCGUCUCGCGCUCGCCGGAAGAUCCCUCCAUGCGGCGGGCCCCGCUGCCGGCGCCGCGGUGGCGGCGCUGCCGCACCCCCAUUGCACGCUGUUCAGGAGGAGCCUAAUCCUCCAGACCGUCCCGGAGCCGGUGAAGGUAGAGAGGCUCUCCGACUCCGAUUCCGGGAUUAUUGAGCUAACGUUGGAUAGGGGUGAGGCCAAGAACGCGAUAGGGAAGGAGAUGCUGAAGGGGUUGCAGAACGCGCUCGAGGUGAUCAAUGGGGACUCGUCGGCAAAUGUGGUCAUGGUCUGCAGUUCGGUUCCUAGGGUUUUCUGUGCCGGUGCCGAUCUCAAGGAACGAAGGCAUAUGAGUUCUUCUGAAGUCCAGUUAUUUGUGAACUCUUUACGGUCAACAUUCUCAUCCUUGGAGGCACUCUCUAUUCCUGCAAUUGCUGUUAUUGAAGGAGUAGCAUUGGGUGGUGGGCUGGAAUUGGUUCUUUCGUGUGAUCUACGUAUCUGUGGUGAGGAUGCAAUGUUUGGCAUGCCGGAGACUGGACUUGCAAUAAUUCCUGGAGCUGGAGGGACCCAACGUCUUCCUAGAGUAGUUGGAAGAUCUGUGGCAAAGGAGCUCAUAUUCACUGGUCGGAAGAUUGAUGGGAGAGAAGCUUUCUCUUUGGCGUAUUUCAUGGCAGGAGUUGUCAAUUACUGUGUUCCUGCUGGAAAGGCAUACAUAAAAGCUCUUCAAAUUGCUAGAGAUAUAAAUCAAAAGGGUCCCUUGGCUAUAAGGAUGGCUAAACAAGCUAUUAACCAAGGGAUGGAAGUGGACAUGCCGUCGGCAUUGGAUGUAGAAGAGAAAUGUUAUGAGAAACUCCUGAAUACACAGGACCGUCUUGAAGGGUUAGCUGCCUUUGCAGAAAAACGAAAGCCAAGAUAUCUUGGCAAAUAGACUUGCAAUAACCUGCAAAGGCAAUUGCACAAUAACGAAGCCUUCCGUUGUUGAAACUGUUCCAAAAAAUUAUUCAUCGGCUUCCUCAAUUGGACAAAGUAUUAUACUUGCAAAGGAAUUUGAAUGUAAACAUUGUUGGAUGUUGUAAAGCUACUAGCAGACGUAUCAGAGACCUUUGUUUAAGGUGAUACAUUUAAAACCAUGGUAAUAAGAAUUGCUAUUUCAGUUUUGUGCCAAUAA